CUCUUUCUUUUAUGCUUUUAGAGGAAUAAUAAAUAUGGAAGUUAGUGUUGGUUAGAGAGCAACGAAUAAUGGAGGGAAAGAGUUUUCAGUGUCUGGCCCUGUUUGCAGGGCUUUUCCUCUGUCUUUUACACUGUAAAGGUGUGUUAUCGACGUGCGACGACAUCGAUAUGAUUGACUUUGCGGAAAUCACCUAUCCAAGUUCGGCACCCCAUCCUGCGGGGACUGUGGCGAACAUUUCUUGCAGUUUGUUUUAUCAGAUUGUGCCGAAUAAUUUUAAGAAUACAACAUGCAUCAAUGGGUCGUGGUCCGGAAGAUUGCCCCGAUGUAGACAUCGUCCGGAAUAUUGUAAUCGUCAUGAGGGACUCAUUCGAAUCCAGAGGAAGGAAUGUCAAACCCCGAGAUGUAACAACAAUCGCCAGAGGAGAGCUUGCCCGGUUAACAAACGAUGUGUAUGUGACGGAGUGUGCGGAUGGACAUGCCUCCCAAUAUAUGAGGAUAAUUUCUGCCCAGAGGUUGCUGAAGUAGAAGGGGUCCUGGUCACCUAUGAUCCCCCCGAACGUCGUUUCCAGGGCAAAGCCUAUUUCUCCUGCAGGGAGGGCUACACCCCAAAUGAGUCUGGAAGUGAAAGACUACGUUGCAUGAGCAACAGAAAUUGGGGUGGAGGAAACCAAUUCAUCUGCAUCCCAAAUUCUAUCUGUGGAGACCCACCCACCGUGGAUAAUGCCUCAUUACAGCCGAGCAACAAGCAUUUCUUCUUGCCCGGUGAUACCCGUUCAUAUGUUUGCGAUUCUGGUUACUCUAUCCGCGGCUCUCGAGAAAUCACCUGUGGUGCAGACUAUGAGUGGUCGGAACCAGCAUUCACCUGCACACCUCGUUCGUGUGGCUACCCGGGAAGACUACCCAAUGCCGAUCUCACCACUCGGGUUUACCAGUACAGGAGUCGGGCAGUGUAUGUGUGUCGGGAAGGAUACGAGAACCCACCUUACACCCUUAACUAUAGAACCUGCCUUGAAAACGGGGAGUGGUCUCGUAUAUUACCAACUUGUGAACCUGUUCGGUGCCCAGAGAUACUGGGAAUAGCCAAUGGUGCAGUGGAUAGCUGGGGUAAUACCUUUGAGAGCCAGGUCAGGUUUGAGUGUAAUGAGGGAUACCGCCUUGAUGGAAGUCAGAGAAGGGUUUGUCAAGGAGAUAAAACAUGGAGUGGAACAGAAACUGUGUGUACAGAAGUUAUAUGUGAAGACCAAGGAACUCUCAUUAAUGGCUACAAGACGAAUGAGAAACCUGUGUACCGUCUGAAUGAUGUGAUUUACUAUCACUGCAAUGACGGGUUUACACGGGAUGGGGAACCGCUCAGCUAUUGCACCGAGUCAGGAUACUGGCAAUACUCAAUGCCUGUGUGUGGAGAAUCAUGCACAGUUCCUCAUCACCCACGAGAUGGAUGGUGGACGAACUCAGAACCAGGAAGUAUUGUAACCCACAACACCAGACUUGAGUUAAGCUGCCGCAACUGGAGAUUCACAAAAAGACCAAACAAUGUAAGGUGUAACGAUGGAGAAUGGUCUGAUAGUGAUGCAGUACGUCUUUGUAAAGGAAGACCAUGUGGCAUGAGGGGGUCUAAUGAUAUGGCUUUGAAUAUAGCAUAUGAUCCACCCAUCUCCGAUGAGGACCGCUCUUCCCAUCAGAUUCCACAUGACACAAGAGUACAAUUUGAAUGUGAUCGGGGCUAUGGUCUGAAUGGAAAUCAAGAGAUAAGAUGCUGGCAUGGGAGUUAUGGGUAUGGUUCAAGUGUGCCCACAUGUUCACCGGUUCCAUGCCAAGAGGAUCGUGUAUCCCAUGGAAAAUUUGUUUACACAUCCCCUAGCCAAGAAUUGAAACGAUCAAAUCCUCAUCAUGGAGACACCCGGCGCCUUGAUUGCAGGAAUGGUUACAGACCAAGGGGCUUCACUCAGAGUCGAUGUGACGAUGGUCAAUGGGACAAUAACGGAAGUCAAGAUUUCAGAUGUGAGCCAAAGCCAUGUGAACCUCUGGAAAAUGUGAUGAACAAUGAAACUAUAAGCUACAGCACAGUCCGGGAAAAUGGGAAAUACUUGCAUGGGACUGUGCUAACGGUCCGUUGUAACACAGACUACGUUCCUGCUUACGGCAACGGAACUGUGACCUGCAAUGCAUCCAGAUGGUGGCCAGUCAUUCCUACCUGUCUACAUUCAAGGAACAAGAUAAAAGAAUCGGUUUCCUCUCAAACUCCAAGCAGGCGUGGUGGUUUUAUAGAAAGUGCAUGGCUGGCAAGGGAUGGCCAUAAGAAUAGUGGGGAAGAAUAUUGCUCAAGGACCAGGGUGACCAAAAACCCGUGGUGGAAAACUGUAAUGGAUGUCGUCUACAACCUGACCUUGGUGAAAAUAUACAACCGCCUCGAUAGAGAAGAUCACAGAUAUGAUUUAGUGGGUGCGGAGGUGAGAAUAGGGGUACAUGAAGAUUACUCAAGAAACCAGCUGUGUGGAGACCCAAUAACACAUCAACAAGUUGCGGACAGUAACGAAGGAAACCAUGGUAUUGCAAUAAGAUGCGUGAGAAAUGGCUCUGCUGGUAUCUAUGGGAGUGUUGUCAGUGUGCAUAUUCCAACUGGGCCAGGCGAGGAACGGGAGCUCAGCCUAUGUGAAGUUGAGGUAUAUGAAGAAGGAAGUUCUAUAUCAGUUCAUGGUCCCAGGAACGGAUCACGGGUGGGGUGCAUUGUUCCCGAUGUGGAGAAUGCUGAUAUAUCUAACAUCGGGAUUGCAAAGCAGCAGGUUGUUUUGGCUGGUACCUCCGUCCGAAUUUCAUGUCAUGCUGGUCACACCCUCAGAGGUUCAGUCAGAGGUUCAGACGACUCCAUGAAUGUUGAUCUUCGCUGUCUUGACAGUUCAUCUUGGGAUAAAAGUGAACCUGUUUGUGAGCAACAAUCCUGCACUGUUGAUCGGCUAAAUUAUGGCGGAUUUCCUGACCGGAAAAUCAAUUACAUCCACGGUGAAAACAUUACUUUCUCUUGUCAUGAUGGGUAUGAGAAAGAACAUGAUAGGUAUUGGUGUGACAAAGGUUCAGCGAUCCCACGCAAUCCUAGAUGUAUUCCAGCCUCCUGCACUGUAGGAAACCUACCAGAUCACAUGAUACCUUCUCAGUCUCGCUUUCCUCAUGGUGUCCGUCUCAACAUAUCAUGUGAAUAUGGGUAUCAGCUUAGUAGUACAGAUAGAAGCCUGCCAACAUGCAGCUGGGGUAACUGGAAUAGACACUUACCUGUAACAUGUGAGAGAGUGCCAUGCGAGGAUCCCGUUAGGAGUUCAUACAGCUCUAUUACAUUACUACCAGGGGAGGUACAGAGCUAUGUCCAUGGUGCCAGAGUCCGGUAUGACUGCAACGAAGGCUGGGAGAUUGAGGGGCUUGAUGAACGAGAGUGUGAUAAUGGACAAUGGACAGGAUCUACCCCACAGUGCAGAGCAAUAGCCCCUCCGCGAUGCAAUAUCCCUGAGAGAUUAAAUGGAGAACGAUAUAAUAUUCUUGGUUAUCUCGGAAACAUCAAUGAGGGGUUGCCGAUUGGUGGAGAAGUAGAGAUCUCCGUCGGAUGUAAUCCAGGCUAUUACGCUCAGCGUCGUGUUGAUACAAGAUGCUUAGACGGAGGAGUAUGGUCACUUCCUGUACCAGUAUGCGUAAGAAUGGAAAGGCUGUGUUCAAAACCUGGUUUUAUUUCUCACGUUCGUCAGUACGUGAACGGAGAUGAGACAAAGGAACUUGUCUUCUACCCUCACAACGAGAUACCCGAAGGAACGUUUUUAGUGUCUCAUUGCUCCCCACCAGGAGAGUAUGUAUUGCGUGGUAGCGCUAAUAGAACAUGUGUGGAUGGACAGUGGUCAGGACAGGAGCCAAGUUGUGUUCUUGCAGAUACCAGAAUAAUCUUUCAAAACAACCAACCUCUUGGAGUCAGGAGCGAUGGAACAAUCAUCAUCUUUCCACGCAGUCGGCUAUAUAUCCAGUGCCGCCUGCCUUUUGACAGCAAUAAAGCAGCAAAACUUGUAUCGGAAGGGGGACAGUCUGGAAGAUAUUGGAAUAGUCAUCCUUUGACUACAAUGAUAAUGUCUCUAAACCCACCACACCGCUCACACUCUGGACGGUUUACUUGCCGAUCUGAAGACGGUACUCUCUCUCACAGCAUCAAUAUUCAGUUCACCGAGAUAUAUUGUGCCCCGCCUCAAACUCCAGCCAAUGGCGGGUACCUUGAUUAUGGCUUUCACGCAAUUGAAGGUCACUACAUGGGACAAACUAUCACGUAUACCUGUAACGAUGGCUACGUUCUUCAUGGGCAAAGGAGGAUUACCUGCGUACUUGGAGAGUGGUCACAUCCUGCUCCAACAUGCCAAAGAGCAGCUUGUGAAGAAUUACAUGCACCAGACCAUGGCAUGAUAGUAGGGGGCUACAGAGUAGGUGAUUCUGUUUUGAUAGGAUGCAACAGAGGAUACAGAUUAGAAGGAGAAAAUUUCUUGGACUGUCUAGAAACUGGAGAAUGGUCCCAUCCUAUGUCUGUCUGUGUUGAAACCCCUCAGCCAGUGCGUCCUUGUGAUUUGGUCAACUGUGAGGUGUGGCAAACGUGUGAGACAGACAUUAAUGGUGUUGGCGAGUGUCUAUGCAUCAGCCCCCGUGAAUGCCCUGAAACUGAGGAACCUUCUGUGGUUUGUGGGACGGACGGACAGAACUAUACAAACCUUUGCCAACUCAAAGCCUAUGCAUGUCAACGCGGGUCUGGCGUAGAGGUAGCGUCCAAUAGUACAUCCUGCAUAAUUGGUGUACCUGAGCGUGUGCCACUAACAUCCGCUCCAGUUGUGUAUGAGCUACCAAGCAUGCCCUCGUCCUUUGACAUCAGUGUGGAUUCUGGCCCGUCUUUUCCCGAAGAAACUCAACCUGCUGUUGAAGAAACCGAGGCAAACGCACCCCACUCAUUCUGUCAUGCCAGCGAUUGCCCAGCCAUCCCAGGAACUGAAUUUUGCCGGAAUGCAACCGCAAUUGUUACUGCUUAUCCUGAUCAAUGGGAUGACCAGAAUGGAAUAAUGACAAUUGAAAUCUAUGAAGUGAUUACAGGAGAUCUUCCAUCUUGGACACAAGGAUCUUACCAAGAAGUUCAUCUGGACGUUGAGGAUUCAUCGAUAGGGGAUUGUGUUUGCCCGUCCUUUGAAUCAUCAGACCCUGUUAUCAUCCGCUUCACUCAAAACCUGACCCAGGAUGGAAUCCCAUGGCUGCUAAACACGGACAUCGUUCUCCUUUAUUCUCAACAAUUAUCUGAUGAUAUAGCAGAAUGCUUGCAAGAGCUUGAACGCGAACCAACCCCUGAAGUACCACAAGGUGACCAAAGUAGUAGCUUCUUGAGUUACAAUGAACAGGGCCCACCCGCAGCGGAUGGUGACCCACCGUCAGUGGACGGUGGUCAAACGUCAUCAGACUCGGCGGUCAUCACUACCACGGCUAGCGUCAGCAGAGAAAGCGUUGCUUCCCCAACUGCUUCUUCGGAAUCCUCCUGGGACAUGGUAUGAGAUUCUGUAAAUGAAGACGGCUCUCCUUUAUCCUUUAUUUUCUCAAUCCCAAGAUUCUAGACCGAUCUGCUCGCUUCGGGAUUUAAUCUUGAGAUUCAAGAAACCUGUAUUCUGAUGUCCGGUUUAACUUGACCAUGGUAGAAAUCUUUUUUUUUUUAAUUA